AUGGCGGGCAAGAAGAGCGUGGACAAUAGCAAGAAGGCCGCGGGCAACGCGCGCAAGGCAGAAAGCGCCGCAAAGAAGAGCGCAGCUGCAGACGCCGCGCGCGAGUCGGCUGAGAGCGAGAAGUGGCAACAGGGAGCCAAGAGUAACUCGAAAAAGGAAGCAGAGGCCGCCAAGAAGGCCGAGGCCGCGGCGAAGAAAGCUGAGAAAGAGGCAUUGAUGAAGGAGGAAGAGGCUAGCCUGAAUGCCCGCGCAGAGCCCAAGAAGUCCAAGACGGCUGUCAAGAAAUCUCGAGGCCUGGAUUUGUCGCAGCUGGAUGACGACAAGCUGGGCACCCUCAGCGCCUCGGGUAUCGACAACGCUCUCGAUGCCCUUUCAUUGACGACUGGUGGAGACGAUUCCAAGAUCGACCAACACCCGGAGAGGCGAUUUGCUGCCGCAUACCACCGAUACGAGGAGCGAAGGCUCGCCGAGAUGAAGGCGGACGGCAGCGGCACGGGUCUUCGACUGGAGCAGCGCAAGCAGAGGAUCAGGAAGGAGUUCGACAAGAGUCCCGAAAACCCCUUCAACCAGGUCACUGCCUCAUACAACGCUUCUCGAGACGAGAUCAAGGACAUCAAGUCCCAAGAGCUGCACAAGAUUGAGAAGAGACUGGGGCACUAG